UAGUGAUCCACUAUUCUUUUGGUACACUGGUGGACCGCUCUGCAGUAGUAUGGCAGCUCUACUCGAUGAACACGGGCCAUUUCGUAUCUAUGCCGAUAAUAAAACAGUGUUGAUUAAUCCAUAUUCAUGGAAUCGUCUUGCAAAUGUUGUUUAUACGGAUUCAUACAUUGGAGGUGGUUUUAGCUAUAGUACAAAUCCGACUAAAGAAAACUUUAAUCAAACUGAUACACAGUUGAUUAAAGAUUGUUACGCGGCUAUUAAACAAUUUUUUCUACGUUUUCCACAAUUUCGAUCAAAUAAUUUUUAUUUGAGUGGUGAAUCCUAUGCUGGACAUAUCGUACCGGCACUAUCAAAAAUGAUUGUCGAAAAACAUGAAACGAUAAAUUCAAAAUUUAAAGGAUUUAUUUUGGGUAAUCCGUUAAUUGAUCAAGCUAGUACGGGAUAUAUAGGUGAUUUGUCAACACUUCGUGGAAAUGCACUUAUUGAUGAUAGCACUUGGAAAAUGAUCUUGAAAUAUUGUAUUGAUCCGUACAAUGCAAACCCGUACGAUCCAGAGCUGAAUCCCACUGGUUUUCAGCCGUGGAAAAGUAAAAAAUGUGCUGAAUACAGUACAAAGGCGAAUAAAAUUGCCUUUCCGGAAGAUUAUGAUGUUAAAGAGGAUAUCAGUGGAAACGAACGAAGAGUGCUCACUAUAGAGAGAUUUUACUGUACAUCUGUGUUGGGACUAAAUAUUUGA